ACACUGUGAUACCGGAUACCGUGUAUUCUAUGGAAUACCGUGUUGUCAAACUUUCGAUACGCAGAUAGUUUGUUUUUUAAUUUUCAAAAGUAAAAAUGAUAGCGGACAUUAAAAAUAUCAAGAAUUUAGCAGCGGAUCUAGAAAAGCAAGAGUUGGAUGCGCUGGGCGGCACAGCCUCCGCUCAAGUCUAUGCUCAGCUGCUAGCUGCCUACUUGUACCAGAAUGAUCUGUGCAACGCCAAGUACCUGUGGAAGCGCAUCCCGCAGAACAUCAAGACGUCGCACGCGGAGCUUGCCACAAUCUGGAAGGUCGGCCAGAAGAUGUGGCAGAGAGACUUCCCCGGCAUGUACGCUGCCCUCCGCGUCGAUUGGUCCGAGAACGUCGCGCAGAUAAUGCAGGCCUUGUUGGUCUCGGUGCAGGAGCGGGCGGCGAGCCUGGUGUCGCACGCCUACUCCUCCAUCGGGGUGGACAGCCUGGGGGCGAUGCUGGGGCUGCCUGCGGAGGAGGCGGCCCGUGUCGCUGUGGAGAAGGGCUGGCAGGUGGACCGCGCCUCGCGCACGGUGAUGCCGGCGCGGCCGCCGCCCCCGGCAGACGACGCCAUGUGCAAUGAGGACCAGCUCUACAAGCUCACCGACUUCGUCUCGUUCCUGGAGAACUAGCGCCGGCGCGCGAGGCGUCUAUCUGCAGGAGUCGUCAGUUUGUUUUUGCCGAGAACUGAACGUCAAGUGUAAUUUUAUUUGUGAAUACUUGAGUUAUAUUUGUGUUCCUUUGUGUGGUACAUUCACCUGAUUGUGACUGUUUUAAUGACUGUGCAAAAAAAAAAGGAUUUCUAUAAAAAAUAAAGCAGGAAUGAAAAAUCAAAAUAAAA